AUGCUUUCUCUCAAGAAACCUCAAUCGAUCAAGGAAAGACUUGUUCUUAUUUCUGGGCCACAAAUUUGUGCCUCAGACUUCACCAAGUCCAAUAUAAAGGCUCUCAUCUCCUCUUCACUUGAGUUGACCCGACCACUCAAGGAGAGCACCUUCUCUUGUUGGACAUGGAUCACAAAUCUUG